AUGAUCGGUGCGCUAGCCGAUCCUGCGCCUGGUCGAGUCCCGAGGGUAUACAAUGCCCUCAUCACUUCAAAUCAGAAUUUGGAACCCAGCAAGGCCUACCCGGUCUACCAGCCAGUAUUACACGAUGCCUUCGGUUUCCCCUUUCAACCUGCGGUCUUGUACGGUGGUGAUUUAAUCGGCAACGGUAUUCUUCCGCAGCCAAAUUUGCCACCAAAAGAAUCUCAAUCUCCUAAAACAUCACCGUCGGCCACACCUGAGUCACCAAAAGACUCAUCUGAAACCUCUACAGAAUCUCCGGCCAAAACUCCUGAACCUGAAAAACCAGAAACCGAUAGCAAUGAUUCUCAACCGGCUCCUCCAGUCUCACCCACAACGGAAUCUCCUGUUAUCCUAAAUGCAUUCGGACUACCGCCACAGGUGUUACCUCUUGGUCACGUAAAUCCGGUAUACAAUGCCUUACCGCAAUUCAAUCCUUUUACAUAUCAUUAUCCAGGAUUGAGAUUUUAUGAUCCGUAUGAUCCCUUUAGUUUCAGUGUACCCUCAAUUUACCGACCUUUACCCAAUCUAUUAGGACCUCACAUUUCUGCAGGAGUUCCAUUAGCCAUUGCUAAUAAAAAAGCUAGCACUACUCCCGCUUCCUCUGAAUCCACUGAUCAAACUCCGCCUCCUGAACCGAAUGAUCUCAGCAUUUUGAAUUAUUCAUCAAAAGAUCCUGCUAUACCUAACGUGCCUCCACCUCCACUCCCUCAAGGUGGCCUGAAGUCGGAUGAGUCUGAAUCGUAA